CUGGGACGGCUGGGCGCCACAGCGCCUUAGGCGAUAGGGGCGACGGCUCCACUUCCGCGGGCCGGCCGGCGACCUUACGACGGCCUUCAGCGAGGGCGAGAGUGCCGGCACGGGUCUCAGUCGUACAACAGCAGCCGAGGGGGGCGGACGUGCCUGCGCAGCUCCCGAUCGGUUCGGGGCAUUCGGAGAGGAUGGCGUCAGUUCAUAUCACGGUGCUGCUGACAGCAGCGUUGGCCGCUUUGGCGGUGACAGCUGCCCCUCAGGAUGGUCUGCCCACACCUCCAAUCAUCAUGUUUGGAGGAUUCCGGCCCAUAUCAUCAUCGAACAGCGGCCCAUCGCCCGGGGUCAACCGGCAACUGCAGGUCAACUCUGGUCGUGGCCGGCCGGUGCCUCGCCCCGUCAACAUUCCUCUCCGGCCGGCCGGAAUCGUCCUGCCGCAGCGGCCUGGCAGGCUGCUCUUCAACAACAACAACAACAACAACAAUAACAACAACAACGGUGGAGGUCAGAGCCCGCAGACGUUUGUGCAGAGUCCGCCGCGGCGGCCGGCUGCGGCUCGUCCGGUGAUUGCGGCGCCGGUCCGCCCCGCGCCGCCUCAGGUGGUCCAAGUCCAGCAGCAGCAGCAGAGGCCUCCUCAGCCCCCUCAGCAGCGUCCCCCUCAGCCUCGGCCCCAGCAGCAGCAGAGGCCCCCUCAGCCACCUCAGCAGCGACCUCCUCAGCGUCCCCAACAGCAGCGGCCUCAGCCGCAACCCCAGAGACCUCCUCAGCCCCAGAGGCCUCCCCAGCCCCAGCCCCAGAGGCCCCCUCAGCCUCGGCCUCAGCAGCAGCGACCCCAGCCCCAGCCCCAGCCCCAGCGACCUCCCCAGCCCCAGCCGAAGCCCCAGCCCCAGCGACCUCCUCAGCCCCAGCCCCAGCUCCAGUCCCAGCCGAAGCCCCAGCCGCAGCCGCAGAGGUUGCCGCAGAACAAGGGGAACGUUCACGCCGGCGUGCUGCCGCUGCAGAAUGAGGUGGCUGCCGACUCACUGCCGCUCUUCCCGCCACUGGGUAAUGCUGGCCGCUAACAGCCGCGAUUGCAGCGCCAUCUGCAUGUAUACAUCGACAGCAGCGCCCCUGGCAGGACCUUAGUGAAACUGGUGGUUGACUGACAUAAGAAGUUACAUCAACAUGCAACGGGCGUGAAGGGAAGACUGCGAGCUACCUACCCAUGCGAUAUUGCUGAUGUGGACUGAGCUGAUAAAUAAGGAUGAUGCACCGUCCUCGCUUACCGAAAAUAGCAACCAAGACCAGCGAUCAGUGAGGGUAUGCUAGCAUAGCAUAGUGCCGCGAAGUGAUUAUGGACCAAUUCUUCCUCACUGGGGUCCACAGCGACCAUUAGUGGGGAGGCUUCAACUUCCAUGCAACUCGAAUGGACACAAUCGUGAUGUUACCAGCGGCCAGCUCAGAGCACUUGUCCCCGUCUGUUGGAAACAGAGGUAGUGGUCACGAAGUGCAGUGAGGAGUGAACAUUGUCGCCCAAGGAGCUGAUAUUGGAAACCGUCAGUUUCCGGAAUCACGUAACGUGCUAAGAGUGAAUUGGGAAUGGAUACAAUAGUAUGAUGUGCUGUAUUUUUAAGUGAUGACUAAGAGUAGGAGAAUCGACAGCUACAUAGGUGUUUAUGUGAUUUUGAUACAUUUCAACCCUGGUGUCAUCGAAGACCCUUCAAGACAUCGGUUCGUUCGCGAACUGUAUAUCAAUAUAUAUCAUUAUUUAUAGCCCUUCGAAACUACUGGAAAAACAAUGUGUGAUGUAAAAUAUCGCAAAUAAUUGAGUUCGUGUUCCAUCGGCUGACAUUGCUAGUUGCUACACAAAAACACUGUUAUUUCCAAGGGAUAAUUAUUGGCAGAUUUGUCAUCACCGUUCAUUGCACUUUAUUGCACUGGUCAGUGAUUGCGAGCAUCGAGUCACUAUAUUUAUGCUUAUAAAUGUGUGUGUGUGUGUGUGUCUGUUCUGUAUGCUGUGUUUGUUGUCAAAUAGAUGUUUUCACAAGUCUGAGA